CGGGAAGGGGCUCUGGGGCGCAGGCAGUGGCACUUCACCUCGGACUCUGUCGCCCAGCGGGAAGCGAAGCCACUUACCAUGGAACCCGUGACCAAGUGGACCCCCAAACAAGUGGUGGACUGGACUAGAGGGUUAGAUGACUGCCUGCAACAAUAUGUCCACAAGUUUGAGCGGGAGAAGAUCAAUGGCGAGCAGCUGCUGCAGAUUUCCCAUCAGGAUCUGGAGGAGCUGGGGGUCACUCGGAUUGGACACCAGGAGCUUGUGUUGGAGGCUGUCGAUCUUCUCUGUGCACUGAAUUAUGGCCUUGAAACUGAUAAUAUGAAGAACUUGGUUCUGAAGCUGCGAGCUUCUUCCCACAAUUUACAGAAUUAUAUAAGUAGCCGGCGGAAAAAUCCAGCUUAUGAUGGGAACACUUCCCAUAAGCCCCCCAACGAGUUCCUGACAUCCGUGGUGGAGCUCAUUGGUGCUGCUAAGGCUUUGCUGGCGUGGCUGGACCGGGCUCCAUUUACAGGGAUCACUGAUUUCUCAGUAACGAAGAACAAAAUCAUUCAGCUGUGCUUGGACCUGACCACUACAGUCCAGAAGGACUGUCUUAUAGUGGAGAUGGAGGAUAAAGUUUUAACUGUGGUCAAGGUUUUAAAUGGCAUCUGUGACAAAACAAUCCGAUCUACUACGGACCCUGUUAUGAGCCAGUGUGCGUGUCUGGAGGAAGUUCACCUACCAAACAUUAAACCCGGGGAAGGCUUGGGCAUGUACAUCAAAUCAACCUACGAUGGACUGCACGUGAUUACCGGAACCACAGAAAAUUCUCCUGCAGACAAAUCUCAGAAGAUUCAUGCCGGGGAUGAAGUCAUUCAAGUUAAUCGGCAAACUGUGGUGGGGUGGCAGCUAAAAAACCUGGUGAAGAAAUUGAGAGAAAAUCCCUCAGGAGUUGUUCUGCUGCUGAAGAAGCGUCCCACCGGGUCUUUCAACUUCACCCCUGCCCCUCUGAAGAACCUGCGCUGGAAGCCACCCCUGGUUCAGACCUCACCUCCACCCACUACGACCCAGUCCCCAGAAAGCACCAUGGAUACCUCACUGAGGAAGGAGAAGCCGGCCAUCCUGGACCUGUACAUUCCACCCCCGCCAUCCGUUCCCUACUCCCCCCGGGAUGAGAAUGGGAGUUUUGUUUAUGGAGGAUUCAAUAAGUGUAAACAACCGUUGCCUGGUCCGAAGGGUUCCGAGUCCCCGAAUUCCUUCUUGGACCACGAGAGCCAAAGACGAAGAUUCACCAUUACCGACUCUGAUCAGUUGCCUGGGUAUUCUGUAGAAACCAAUAUUUUGCCCACAAAAAUGAGAGAGAAAACUCCAUCUUAUGGGAAGCCCCGGCCUCUGUCCAUGCCUGCGGAUGGAAACUGGAUGGGGAUUGUGGACCCUUUUGCUAAGCCUCGAGGUCACGGCAGGAAAGGGGAAGAUGCCCUUUGCCGGUAUUUCAGUAAUGAGCGGAUUCCCCCAAUCGUCGAAGAGAGCUCCUCUGCCCUGCACCGGUUCUCCAGACCCAUGAUGGAGCGGCAGCUGGUCCGCGGUGCAGACUACAUCCGAGGAAGCAGGUGCUACAUCAACUCAGAUCUCCACAGCAGCGCCACGAUUCCAUUCCAGGAGGAAGGGACCAAAAAGAAAGCUGUCUCCUCGGCCUCAAAGUCCUCAGCCUCAAAGUCCUCGUCCACGGAACCGUCCCUGCUGGUCAGCUGGUUUACACGCCUGAAACUAUUGACUCACUGAGAGCUGCCCUGCCCCGGGCUCCUGCCCGGCUGCUGCUCCAAGUGCCUUGCUUCCGCAGCGGACAGCCUCUUCAUAUCUCACCCACAGUAUUAGGGAGUGACCUUCUGCAUUCUCAUUUUCUUUUCUUUUUGGAAAGUUGCAUACUGCCCUUCUUGGAGGUUUGAGGUAAUUCGAUGGGAACAAAUCCAGAGGAUCUUAGGUGCUGGCUCAUGUGGGGACAGGAGGGAAAUGGAUGGAGCCUUCUCUUUCUCAGAGACAGAACUUGGAGACACCACUCCAUACAUCAGAGACGUGGCCAGAAAUGUUAUGGUCAUUGUGAGAAACUGGUGGCAUUGUUUCUUUGGGAGAUUGGGGGACUAAAAUUGGUGGCUAUUGUCAUACAGAUGUGGUGGUUUGUGGUCCAACUUCUUUACCUAAAAAAGCCAGUGGAGAAAACAUCUUUGUUUCGAUUUUUAAGGCUACACGCCACAUUUGUAAGUGCAGGAGUUUGGCUUUGAAAAUAACACGUGGCAAGUGUCUCAAGCUCUCAAAGCAGAGGUGUAAGUGCAGGUCCGUUACACUUGAUUAACUUCC